AUGGGUAAUUUGCAAACAAAGGAGAGAAUUGAUCUCUCUCCUCGUACUUUGACAUUGACAAGUGUCGAUGAUAAGGUAUGGCUUGGUAUACCGGAGGAGAACUUAUUCAAUGAUUCAUUUACGAUUGAAAAGUACUAUAUGCUUCAGAGUAAACCAUUCUCAAACUUUAAGGAUGCAGAUCAUUUCAAAUCGAUUGAGCAGAUAGAACAGUCGUUUUUCCCUUCCUAUAAGGAUCGUUUCACCGAGUUGUCCGAUAGCAAUGAGAAUGGCGGUGUUCAAGAGUCGAAUAAAGAUGGUACCGCAAGCGGUUCCUCUUCUGGAAACUCUGGUAAAGAUAGCUCGAAAACAGGAACAGGUAACAGUGCCAAUAAUACUUCUGGUAAUAACAACAACAACAACAAUAGCAGCAACAACAACAACAAUGGAGGAGGUGGUGGUAACACUAGUAAUACAGGAACAAAACCGAGUUCUAUUCCAACUUCUGCAUCGACAAUGACACUAAACACACCUACUGGUAAUAACAACAACAACAAUAACAAUAACAAUAAUUACAACAACAACAACAAUAGCAAUGUAGGCGGUAACAACAGUGCUGUCGCAACAGGAAACAAUAGUGGCAACAACAACAACAACUCACGAAACUCCAAUAACAACCAGAGAAAUAGUUCAUCCAAUAUUGUAAAUAGUAAUAAUAACACUGGUAGACCUGUCUCUGGUAACAAUAGCAACAAUAACAACAACAACAACAGCAGCAACAGCAACAGUACUACUGGUAGCGGAAACAAAAGAAGAAGCGGUGCCAACAACAAUAACAACAAUGUUGAUUCAAAUUCAAAUAAGAAUAACAGUCAACAACAACAAGCAAGUUCAUCUUCAUCUUCCUCUAGCAACAACAACAACAAUAACAAUGUAACAAAUAGUAAUAAUAAUAGCAAUUCAACUACUACAACCACUACGACUACCACUACAACAACAUCAUCUGCAGCAGGUGGAAAUGUUAAUAAUGCUAACUCACCAAACUCUACAGCACCAGGAGGAGGAGGAGCAGCAGGUGGUGGUAGUUCACAAUCUACAACCAGCGGAAACAAGACGAUAGUCAACAACAAUCCAUUCCAUGAGGAAUACAAGAAUCGACAGAAUAUACCUGUGUAUCUCAUUGACGAAGAUCCAUUUCACACUCAUCAAAUCACUACCACUUUGAUACUGGAAGAUCUUUACUCACAGUCCAACGUCAACACAGCAUACUAUUCAACACUCUUACAGAAGCGUCUAUGUAUUCUAAAGCGUAUACAUCUAGCACUAAAGAGAGAAAUUGCAAGAAAGAAAUUAUUUGAUUCAGUAUAUCAUUCAAAAGCAAAGACGAGAACAAAGAAAGAUAGCAUGUCGAUUGUUUAUAACAACACUGCAGGAGCAGGUGUUUGA